AUUUUCUUACAGAGCUUACAGCUUAUGCAAAUCUGGCAAUCACUCACUCCCUAUAAUAACAACACCCCAACCUUCUCUCUUCUCUCAUUAUGUAUUUUUCACGUUAGAGCACAUACCCACAUGAACCAUCUGUUUCUUUUAUAAAAGCUCUCACCUUUCUGUACCAAACCCAUACUCUUUCACUCCUUUCUUGAUUUAUAUUUAGUGGGUUCUCGUUGUUGUUAUAAUGGGUGAUGCUAUUUUGCCAGAUCUUGGGACCGAGAUUUUGAUCCCGAUAUGUGCAAUUAUAGGAAUCGGGUUUUCUUUGAUUCAAUGGUUACUUGUUUCUAAAGUGAAGUUGGUCCCUAGCGGUGGUGCUGGCAAUAAUAAUAAUAACAAUAAAAAUGGGUAUAGUGAUUAUCUCAUCGAAGAAGAAGAAGGUGUUAAUGAUCAUAACGUCGUCCUUAAAUGCGCCGACAUUCAAAACGCUAUCUCCGAAGGGGCAACCUCUUUCCUUUUUACCGAGUAUCAGUAUGUUGGCAUUUUCAUGGUUGCUUUUGCCAUCCUUAUUUUCGUAUUCCUCGGCUCUGUUGAGGGAUUCAGCACCAAGUCUCAGCCUUGCACAUAUGACCAAUUCAAGAUGUGCAAGCCUGCUCUGGCAACUGCUGCCUUCAGCACUGUAUCAUUCUUGCUUGGUGCUUUCACUUCUGUGGUUUCUGGAUUCCUUGGGAUGAAAAUUGCUACAUAUGCCAAUGCUAGAACAACCCUUGAGGCAAGAAAAGGAGUUGGGAAGGCUUUUAUCACUGCAUUUAGAUCUGGUGCUGUCAUGGGUUUUCUCCUUGCUGCAAAUGGCCUUUUGGUACUUUACAUUGCCAUCAACCUCUUUAAGUUGUACUAUGGUGAUGACUGGGCUGGGCUUUUUGAGGCUAUAACUGGUUAUGGUCUUGGAGGAUCUUCCAUGGCUCUCUUUGGCAGAGUUGGUGGAGGUAUCUACACUAAAGCUGCUGAUGUUGGUGCUGAUCUUGUUGGCAAGGUCGAAAAGAACAUCCCUGAGGACGACCCAAGAAAUCCAGCUGUAAUCGCUGAUAAUGUUGGUGACAAUGUUGGUGAUAUAGCUGGUAUGGGAUCUGACCUCUUUGGCUCAUACGCAGAAUCUUCUUGUGCUGCCCUAGUUGUUGCUUCCAUUUCAUCUUUUGGAAUGAAUCAUGAGUUGACUCCAAUGCUAUAUCCUCUUAUCAUUAGUUCUGUGGGUAUCCUUGUUUGCUUGCUCACCACCUUAUUUGCAACUGACUUUUUUGAGAUCAAGGCUGUAAAUGAGAUUGAGCCAGCUUUGAAGAGGCAGCUCAUUAUUUCAACUGUUCUUAUGACUAUCGGAGUUGCUGUUGUUAGUUGGAUUGCUCUUCCAUCUUCCUUCACCAUCUUCAAUUUUGGGACUCAGAAAGUUGUCAAGAACUGGCAACUUUUCUUGUGUGUUGCUGUUGGUCUAUGGGCUGGGCUCAUUAUUGGAUUUGUAACUGAAUACUACACUAGCAAUGCAUACAGCCCUGUUCAAGAUGUUGCUGAUUCAUGUCGAACUGGAGCUGCCACUAAUGUUAUUUUUGGGCUUGCAUUGGGAUAUAAAUCUGUUAUCAUUCCCAUUUUUGCCAUUGCGAUUAGCAUUUUUGUUAGUUUCAGCUUUGCUGCUAUGUAUGGUAUUGCAGUAGCUGCCCUUGGAAUGCUGAGUACCAUUGCAACUGGAUUGGCAAUUGAUGCAUAUGGUCCCAUUAGUGACAAUGCUGGAGGUAUUGCUGAGAUGGCAGGCAUGAGCCACCGAAUCCGAGAGAGAACUGAUGCCCUUGAUGCUGCAGGAAACACCACUGCUGCUAUUGGGAAGGGUUUUGCCAUUGGUUCUGCAGCUCUUGUGUCGCUUGCUCUCUUUGGUGCCUUUGUUAGUCGUGCUUCAAUUUCAACAGUAGAUGUGUUGACACCAAAAGUUUUCAUUGGUUUGAUUGUGGGUGCAAUGCUUCCUUACUGGUUUUCUGCCAUGACAAUGAAGAGUGUCGGAAGUGCAGCUCUGAAGAUGGUGGAGGAAGUCCGCAGGCAAUUCAACACCAUCCCUGGUUUGAUGGAGGGUACUACCAAGCCCGACUAUGCUACAUGUGUUAAGAUUUCCACUGAUGCUUCAAUCAAAGAGAUGAUCCCACCUGGUGCACUUGUCAUGCUCACCCCUCUCAUUGUUGGGAUCUUUUUUGGUGUGGAAACCCUCUCUGGUGUCCUAGCUGGAUCUCUUGUAUCUGGAGUUCAGAUUGCCAUCUCUGCAUCUAACACUGGUGGUGCUUGGGAUAAUGCCAAGAAGUAUAUUGAGGCUGGUGCUUCUGAGCAUGCAAGAACGCUUGGUCCUAAAGGGUCUGAUCCACACAAGGCAGCUGUUAUUGGCGACACCAUCGGUGACCCAUUGAAGGACACAUCUGGACCAUCACUUAACAUCCUUAUCAAGCUUAUGGCAGUUGAAUCGCUUGUGUUUGCACCAUUCUUUGCUACACAUGGAGGUCUACUUUUCAAGAUAUUCUAAAUGGGGUCAAAAAUCGCUACUGGUUCUUCACAUCCUUGUUAUUUUGCUCUCAAAAGUAUAUGUAGUUUGUAGUUUAUGUUGACUCUUGAAAUUUGUCUCUGCUUAUAUUGAGUGGUGGAGAGAAGUUCCCUCCUCUUAAAAAGGGUCUGAUUAUAGCAGCAAUGAUAAGAAUGGAAAUGGUGAAUCUAGUGAAGAGUAUCACUUUUCCCUAGCAAGACCAUUCAUUUUUCAA